AUGGCACAGGUACCAAUGCAAGCUAUGGACAUGCCGGAUAUGUCGAAUGCGAUUGUGGCGCAGGAUGAGAUGGGAAGACCUUUCAUCAUCGUGAGAGAUCAGGGAAGUAAAAAGAGACAACACGGUUUGGAGGCCAAGAAGUCACACAUUUUGGCGGCAAGGUCAGUUGCGUCGAUAAUCAAAACGUCGCUGGGUCCUCGUGGACUGGACAAAAUUCUGAUUUCGCCAGAUGGAGAAAUUACGAUAACCAACGAUGGUGCGACAAUUCUCUCGCAAAUGGAACUUGACAACGAGAUAGCGAAACUUCUGGUGCAACUAUCCAAAUCUCAGGACGAUGAAAUCGGUGACGGGACAACAGGUGUUGUAGUACUAGCCAGUGCACUCUUGGAUCAAGCGUUGGAAUUGAUAGAGAAGGGCAUUCAUCCAAUUAAGAUCGCCAAUGGGUUCGACGAUGCCGCCAGAGUUGCUAUUCAGAAACUAGAGGAAGAAGCUGAAGAUGUUGGUGCAAAAAAUGAGGUAUUCAAAGGCCUUCUGUUCAAAGCAGCGAAGACAUCCUUGGGAUCCAAGAUUGUUUCGAAAGACCAUGACAAAUUUGCACAAAUGGCUGUGGAUGCAGUGGCAAGUGUCUUGGAUGAGGAAAGAAAAGAUGUCGAUUUCGAAUUAAUUAAAUUGGAGGGCCGUGUUGGUGGCUCUUUGGGCGAUUCAAAGUUAAUUCAUGGUGUCAUUUUAGAUAAAGACUUUUCGCAUCCCCAAAUGCCAAAGGAGGUUCUACCUGUUGAGGGCAAAGAAAAUGUCAAAUUAGCAAUCCUAACAUGUCCGUUUGAACCCCCAAAGCCAAAGACGAAGCAUAAAUUAGAUAUUUCUAGCGUGGAAGAGUACCAAAAACUACAAUCCUACGAACAUGAUAAAUUUAAAGAAAUGAUCGACUAUAUAAAGAAAUCAGGUGCAGAUGUUGUUAUCUGCCAGUGGGGAUUCGACGAUGAAGCCAAUCAUUUACUACUGCAAAAUGAAUUACCUGCUGUUAGAUGGGUUGGAGGUCAGGAAUUGGAACUAAUUGCCAUUGCUACUCAUGGUCGCAUUGUUCCUCGUUUCCAGGACUUAUCACCGGAAAAAUUGGGUAAAUGUAGCAAGAUAUACGAAGUCGAGUUCGGAACCACAAAGGACCGUAUGUUAGUCAUUGAAGAAUGUUCUGACGCCAAAACAGUUACCUGUUUUAUUCGUGGUUCAAACAAGAUGAUAGUCGAUGAAGCUAAACGCGCCCUUCACGAUGCCCUUUGUGUGGUUCGUAACUUAUUCAAAGACUCUCGUGUUGUAUAUGGUGGUGGCGCUGCUGAAGUAACCAUGUCUAUUGCAGUCUCCGAAGAAGCAGACAAGCAACGCGGCAUAGAUCAAUAUGCAUUUCGCGCAUUUGCUCAAGCUUUGGAUACCAUACCAAUGACUCUAGCGGAGAAUUCAGGUUUGGAUCCAAUUGAAACGCUGACAACCUUGAAGAGUAAACACAUCAAGGAAAAAGUUUCCACUAUGGGUGUGGAUUGCUUAAGUAAGGGUACCAAUAAUAUGAGAGAACUUUUUGUUGUUGACCCGUAUAUUGGCAAAAAACAGCAGAUCAUGUUAGCAACGCAAUUAUGUAGGAUGAUUUUAAAGAUCGAUAAUGUCAUCAUUAGCGGGAAAGACGCGUAUUGA